AACGGAGCGAAACACAACACGAAUACAUUCACCGCAUCAAAGCAUCUCUUUCGCGAAGGACGGAUGCUACCGUUUUCGGAGGAACCGGAAUGAAUUCAAGUUUGCUCGGAAAUUAGUAACGACCACAUGGGACCCUCAAGGGCAGUGACAACCGCAAUUGCACAACCAUGCUGAAGCAUUGAGUAAACAUCAAAGAUCAUGUGCCGUCCAUUCGAACGACACCUUUCGCGGACUCAUUCGUCCAACCACUGACUGAAUACCCAGCACUGAAUCUAUUGUGAUACACGCGACUUUGUGGUUGAGAAGAAGAACGCAAUUAAAACACAUGCCCAUUUCGAUUCGUUCGUCAAUUGCAGCGGGGUCGGAAACAUUGUGUGUAGCGCGAACCGGCAGGUGGAAGAACACAUCUUCCGGCACCCUUAAAUCGUUUGUCAUCGAUAACAUCAAAGACGCUCUUCCGGAAACACGGGCACCCUAGGGAAGGCGGUACAACUGUGGGUGGUGGAAUGGAAAGAUCAGUUUUGUUGUUCCCACUGCUCUACACGCUAUCGAGGCGUCCCUGCGAACGAGACCGCCGUGCUGUAAGUGCUGGUAGCAGCCGCGGUGACGGUGUUAGUGGUGGUGGUAAUGGUGGCGACGACGAGGAGGGCAUCUGUGGCAGCACUGAAUUCUAACCUUGCUAGCGCUGCUCGUGACCACGACAAAAACAAACUACAAUCGAAGGUUAGCCGUCGGAGGUGGAGAUAGUAUUAUCGUCAGACAGCACGUGAAGAGUAGGCGACGAGCAGAAAGAGACAGGACGUGAAAAAUAUAUACAGGAACACGGUACCCUUCUUCGGGGUGGUGAUAUAACAACAAAACUGAAGACGGUGGUGCAUGGACCGUUUGCAAUCGUGGCGAAAUUUCAAAGGCUAGCCCCAGGCCAGCAGAGUGUGUUGCCCAUUGGUACGUGUAGACGGUUGUGUGUGCGCGUGGGAGGACAGAUGUGGAGUGGCCACUACGACGACGGUUCGGUGGUUGCACGGAUGUGAAUGUCCUAAACCCGCGUCCUCAUUGCGAGUUCCUUUUCCGUGUUCCUACUAAAUACAGGGAGAGCGAAAGAGAAAGCGUGAAGGAAAAGAAUGGAUCGGGAAAAGAAUGAAACGUCUUCCAACUCGGGCAUUGCCGGUGGCUUUGCCGGGUGCAUUACACGCUUCAUCUGCCAGCCGCUGGACGUGCUCAAGAUUCGCUUUCAGCUGCAGGUGGAACCGCUGAGCGAGCAGCACGUGACGUCCAAGUAUCGUACCAUCGUCCAGUCGACGCGCCUCGUGUACCGCGAGGAGGGCCUUCGCGCCUUCUGGAAGGGUCAUAAUCCGGCCCAGGUACUCUCGAUCAUCUACGGUGUGGCACAGUUUUCCUCGUACGAGCGCUUCAACCAUCUGCUCCGCACGGUCGACACGUUCGAGCGGCACCAGAGCGGGCGGAACUUUGUGUGUGGUGCACUGAGCGGCACGUUCGCGACGGUCCUAACACUCCCACUGGACGUGGUGCGCACGCGGCUGAUCUCGCAGGACCCGGGCCGAGGCUAUCAAAGCUCCGUGCAGGGCCUCAAGCUGAUUUACACGCACGAGGGCAUCCGUGGGCUGUACCGAGGCCUAGGGCCGAGUGUGCUGCAGAUCGCACCGCUCACCGGCGGCCAGUUUAUGUUCUACAACAUCUUUGGCAGCAUGCUGCGACAGUAUUUCAACAUCGCCGCCGGCGAGUCGCUGCCCGCCAUCGAGCUAUUCGUGUGCGGUGGGCUGGCCGGUCUCUGCACGAAGCUGCUCGUUUACCCGCUCGACCUGGCCAAGAAGCGGUUGCAGAUCCAGGGCUUCGCCAAAAGCCGCCAGACGUACGGGCGACACUUCGUUUGUGAUAACAUGUUCCACUGCCUGUAUAGCAUCGCCCGGCAGGAGGGUCUAAUCGGGCUGUACAAGGGCCUGUAUCCGGCGCUGCUGAAGGCGUGCUUCAUGUCUGCCUUCUACUUCGCGAUCUACGACGAGAUGGUGCUCAUCCUUAACCACUGAUAGAUAAGACACAGGCCUGAACGUGGCCUUUUAGGUUGUACCAGUGGAAGAGUGUCUCGAAACACAAACAAAGCCAAACGGAAGGACUGCUGAGAAAUACGCAAAGCAAACCAAACUAACUCGAGUCGUACGGCUCAACGUCAUAUCGAAUAUGUAUCUUUGACUUCAUCAACCGCAAGAUAUAUGCACACACGCUUACAACCGGGGACACAUGUAUUUUAAGUAGCGUUUAAGGAACGACACCGACUGGUACGCGUAGUGCUUAGAAUUGCGUUUUUUAUUGCCAACUUCCUAAGCGGCACCCGUUUUCUUUCUCUCUAAACUACGAAACAACAACUACAGGCACAAUGUACUUAUAAUAGUUUAACAACGCAAAACGAUACCACCAUUUGUAGGAAGCAUAAUUUACCGAACGAUUUGAAUUACACUCACACGCGAGCGUGUCAAGAACGAAGGCGUCAUGUUGUGUAUUGCACAGAAGGGAUGGCGAUAGGAGAUAGGAAACACGAACUCAGGACAACCGGUUAAGUUAUUUUUCUUCGGAAGCUUUAGAUUCUAGGAUUAAGAGGUGGUUUAUGUUGUGAGCAACCACUACAGCGAGUAUGUCGUCGAAGGGAAUGUUCGAACACGGCUGUUUUAUUGUGAAUGAAAACCCCAGGACCGACCCAGUACAACGCCGCUAAAAUAGAACAACUAUUGUACCUUCCACCGUUUGAUGUGGGAUAAGUUCGAAGAUUUGGCAGGUAACAAAUACGCAUACGGUAGAUGUUUAAAAUGUUUAAUUACCGACGAUGGGGCGUGGACCGUUCAGCGCAGCCAAAAAAAACCGACAAGAUUGGAACACUUAUCCAUUACGCCAGCAUAUCUCCUAAUGUUACCGCUGGUAUACCGUGUUAUAUGAACGUUGUAGAGUCAAUGCGCUUCCUGUGCUUCCGGGUUUGAAUCCGUUAGAUAUAGUAGCGGCUUCAGACUUACGCAAUAUUACGAGAUAUUCACAAGUAUGUCUACGGUGGAGCGACUUUCCCAUAUGCUGAUCGAACAACCAACCGUUGUAUUAUUAAACGUAAAUAAGUAGGCCUUGUAUGUAACAUUGGUUGCCCCGAUUGGAGUUUCUAAGGAGGCGCGCAGAGCAAUUUGGUGGUGUACGAUAUUCUAAACUGACACCAAACAGGGUGAGUGAGCAAGUUCUGACCGACAAUAAUGGGAAAGCGGUGCGCGGUUUACGCAUGAAUAUUAACGAACCGUCAAUUGAUAGUUUUCUGAAAUGAAAUGGUUAUCGAGCGAGGAUAAGGAUAGCGGUAACACAUUUACCAAGACAUAGCUUGCCGGAACGUUGGAGGGAACGAAAAAUGUAAGAGAUUCCUACAGCAGUGACGAAUGACGGAUUCAGUCGCCUUUCCCAGACUAUUGUAGUGGAAAUUGUAGCGAGAUAAAAUAAAAAUAAAAAAAAUAAACAACCAGAAUAAACCAAU